AUGUCCGCCACGAUGUCUGCCAUGGCCUCCAUCGCGCCCGUCGCGCAGACCCGCUUCGGCUCCGCCAAGUCCCAAAAGGUCGUCGCCCGCCGCGCCGUCGUCGCGCGCGCCGUCGCCGAGGCUGAGGCCAAGCCCGAGAAGCCCAAGCGCAAGUUCGUCAAGAAGAACGUCACCGUGCAGGACGCCGACAUCGCCGUCGGCAACAAGUACGAGGGCAAAGUGGUGCGUCAUCCCUCCGAAACCCUCUCUUCGCCACCCGUACCGUCGCGCCGCCGGGUGAAACCGGGGAAAAGGGGCUCGCGGGGCGCGUCGCGGGUCGGCUCCGGGCCGGCACCGCAUGUUUCGUUUCGCGGACCCACCAGCCCAAACCCUGCGGCCUCGGGGUUGCGUCGAUGCUUUUUCCUAUCCAGUCGCGGCGUCGGGGGCGGUCGCGGCACGCGCGGGUCUCCCAAGAAGCGCGUGCAGGAGUACGGCUGCUUCGUCGACUUUGGCGCCAAGAACGACGGCCUCGUGCACAUCUCCGAGCUCAAGGAUGGCUUCGUCGAGAACGUCACCGACGUGGUCUCCGCGGACCAGGCCGUGACCGUCUGGGUCAAGUCCAUCGACGCGGAGAAGGGCCGCAUCUCCCUCACCAUGAAGCCCCCGCCCACCGCGGACGAGCUCGAGGCGAUCAAGGCCAAGGAGGCUGAGCGCGAGGCUAAGUUUGCCGCCAGGAAGGCGCAGCAGGCUGAGGCCAGGGCCGCGGCCGAGAAGGUCAAGGCCAUCAAGAAGGGCACCGCGUUCGAGGGCGAGGUCAAGUCCGUCCAGCCCUUCGGCGCCUUCGUCGAGAUCAUGGAGGGCGUCGAGGGUCUCGUGCACGUCACCGAGAUGUCCGACGACUACAACGUGGACGUGGCCGACUUUUGCAAGGUGGGCGACAAGGUCUCCGUCAAGGUGCUCGACGUCGACGGCGCCAAGGUGAAGCUCACCAUGAAGGACAAGGUUGACAUCUCCUCCGUCGUCGAGGAGGUGCUCCAGGAGGUGGAGGCUGGCGCCUCCAUGAUGGAGUUUGCCUUCAAGUCCAAGGGCAUCACCGCCGGACAGUUCCCGGCGGGAAACGAUAAGGAAAAGCCCGCCGCGAAGAAGGCUGAAAAGAAGGAGGAGCCCAAGCCCGAGGCCCCCAAGGCUGAGGCCCCCAAGGCUGAGGCCCCCAAGGCUGAGGCCCCCAAGGCUGAGGCCCCCAAGGCUGAGGCCCCCAAGGCUGAGGGUGCCGCCAUCUCCGCCAAGGCUGUCAAGGAGCUCCGCGACCAGUCCGGCGCCGGCAUGAUGGACUGCAAGAAGGCGCUCACCGAGUGCAACGGCGACAUGGAGGAGGCUGUCGUCUGGCUUCGCAAGAAGGGCAUGGCCUCCGCCGACAAGAAGGCCUCCCGCAUCGCCGCGGAGGGUGCCGUCGGCGCCUACAUCCACGGUGGUUCCCGCCUCGGCGUGAUUGUCGAGGUCAACUGCGAGACUGACUUUGUCGCGCGCGGUGACAAGUUCAAGGAGCUCGUCGGCGACAUCGCCAUGCAGGUCGCCGCCAACAUCGACGUCGAGUACGUGUCCCCCGAGGACGCCGACCCCGCCAUGAUCGCCGCCGAGAAGGAGGUGCAGAUGAAGAUGGAGGACAUGCUCUCCAAGCCCGAGAACAUUCGCGAGAAGAUUGUCCAGGGCCGCCUUGACAAGAUGGUCAACGAGAAGGCUCUCCUCAAGCAGGACUACAUCAAGGAUACUUCCAUCACCGUCGAGGAGCUCAUCAAGCAGGCUACCGCGGAGAUCGGCGAGAAGAUCUCCAUCCGCCGCUUCGUCAAGUACAACCUCGGCGAGGGCUUGGAGAAGAAGAACGAGGACUUUGCCGCUGAGGUUGAGGCUCAGACCAAGGCUCUCCAGAAGAAGGCCGAGGAGAAGAAGGAGGAGGCUCCCAAGGAGGAGGAGAAGAAGGAAGAGGCUGCCAAGCCCACCGUCGCCAUCUCCGCCAAGGACGUUAAGGUGCUCCGCGACAAGUCCGGCGCCGGCAUGAUGGACUGCAAGAAGGCCCUUGGUGAGUGCGGUGGUGACAUCGAGGAGGCUGUCGUCUGGCUUCGCAAGAAGGGCAUGGCCUCCGCCGACAAGAAGGCCUCCCGCAUCGCCGCGGAGGGUGCCGUCGCUCAGUACAUCCACGCCGGCGCUCGUCUCGGCGUGCUCGUCGAGGUCAACUGCGAGACUGACUUCGUCGCGCGCGGUGACAAGUUCAAGGAGCUCGUCGCCGACAUUGCCAUGCAGGUCGCCGCCUGCCCUGAUGUCGAGUAUGUGUCCCCCGAGGACGCCGACCCCGCCAUGAUCGCCGCCGAGAAGGAGGUGCAGAUGAAGAUGGAAGAUCUUCAGAGCAAGCCCGAGAACAUCCGCGAGAAGAUUGUCCAGGGCCGCCUCGACAAGAUGGUCAACGAGAAGGCUCUCCUCAAGCAGGACUACAUCAAGGACACUUCCAAGUCUGUCGAGGAGCUCAUUAAGGAGGCCACCGCGGAGAUCGGCGAGAAGAUCUCCAUCCGCCGCUUCGUCAAGUACAACCUCGGCGAGGGCUUGGAGAAGAGGAACGAGGACUUUGCCGCCGAGGUGGCUGCGCAGAUGGGCAAGUAAGUCGUCGAGCGAACAAGGGGGCGAACCCUUUAUUACUCGACGCCUCACAACCACAGCCGCGAAAAUCCUCUUUUCUAGCCAUUCUUUUCCAUAGUUUAUUGCCGCGAUACCGAGGGCAUGCGCGCGAGUCGCGUGAGCCUUUGAUUGUUCCUGUUCUUUUAAUACCACAGUAUGCAAAAGUGCGAAUGA